GGCCGCCGCGGGGCUCGUUCGGGCAACGGCGGCGGCGGCGGCGGCGGCGACGGGUCCUCCUCCUACCUCACCCGCCUGGGCCUCCUUUUCCUCCUCUUUUCCGUUUCGACCGGGUUUCGUCCACUUCCCCUAGCGGCCGCCCCGCUCCUACGUAAAGGCAUGAUUUCCCGGCACCGCAGGGAAAAUAGGGUGCAAGCCCAGAAACUCUUUCCCCACCACCACUUGUUGAAAAACUGAUUUGA